AUGGCGGAGAGGGUGGGAGUGGCCUUGGGUGGUGGCGCCGGUGGCGCUGGAGCCAAGCCCCCAGGCUCUCGAGGAGCUCGAGGACACCGGCUGAUGGUCCCACCUCCAGGAUACAAGUUCAUACCUCGCACAGAGCAAGUCUGUCAAGAGAUGGGCUGCUUCGAAUGCUAUGACAUCUACUGCGAGCGCUGCGAAUCCAAGGAUCGUCGAAUCAUCGAGUUGGAGAUGCGAAACACCGAACUGGUGAAGCACAUCACCUUGCUGCAGGCCCGUCUGUUCCCUCGAGAUGGCCAGGGUCCUGGAGCCCGGCCCAAUGCCAGCGGGGCCGGUGCAGGUGGGGAGCCAUUUGCCUACGUGCAGAGCCCUGUGAUGUAUGAUCCGGGCAUGGGCAUCCAGCAGCGACGACUCCCCGAUGUCGGCUGGAAAGAGGAUGACAUUCAGUUGUUGCUCGAAGAGAUGGCGUCCUUUGACACCAACAACUUUCAGGGCAACGUCGGAGUUGGCGAGAGGGAAGGACGCAUCAUCAGCGAUCUUGUUCGGCGAAGACACUUUGGUCUGACGCAUGGUAUUGGUCGAAGUGGCGACGUCAUGGCAGAGCAGCCCAAAGCCGCAGGCUCAUCACUUAUCGUCCAGUUGACCAAGUACCUCGCGCUGGAUGCAAUCCGACUCGCUGGGAUCAAAGCAGUCAAGGCGUGCGCGGUGCUUCCAGCUGCCACAGGUCUGACCAUGACAUUAGUAUUCCUGGCGCUUCGUCAGAUGAGGCCACAGGGCCGAUAUGUGGUAUGGUCGAGGAUAGACCAGAAAUCGUGCUUCAAGGCCAUCGGGGCGGCUGGCCUGGAACCCGUGGUUGUCGAGUUGAAGCCCAUUGAAGGUACGGAUGCCCUGGGGACAGACAUUGAUGGCAUGCGGGCUGCCAUCGAACGCGUUGGAGCGGACAAGGUCCUAUGCAUCUGCACAACCACAUCGACCUUUGCGCCACGAGUGCCAGACUUCAUUGACGAAGUGGCGCUGAUGGCCACCAAGCUGGACGUGCCACAUGUCAUAAACAACGCGUAUGGCCUGCAGUGCUCGAAGUGCACCCACCUCAUAGAGACUGGCUGCCGCCGGGGACGAGUGGAUGCUUUUGUGCAGAGCACAGACAAGAAUUUCAUGGUGCCAGUUGGUGGAGCCAUAGUCGCGGGACCUUCCUCUGCCUUGGUUGACAAGGUGUCCAGUCUCUAUCCGGGACGUGCAUCGAUGGGUCCUGUGCUAGACCUGUUCAUCACCCUGCUGUCCCUGGGUGCAUCUGGCUGGACUGGCCUGCUUCAAGAAAGGAAGGACAAUGCCAAGUGGUUUGAAGAUCGUUUAUCUUCUGUGUCCCAAAAGCUGGGCCUUCGUGUGUUGAAGGUUCCUGCAAAUCGCAUCUCUUUCUGCGUUGACAUCAACGCUUUGGGAAGGUCCCAGCAGUCGGGUGAAGAGGACGACAUGGAUCACCUUACCUUUUUAGGCUCUGCCUUGUUCACAAGACGCGUAUCUGGGCCGCGUGUGGUUCUCUGCACACCUUCGCCGGCCAGCGCUGGGAAGGAAACGGUUGCUGUGCAGCCAGAGUCAAGCCAGACUGGCUCCGUGAAAGUGAAGGGCAAGUAUCGGAAGGUCAUAGACGGGACUCCAUUUGAGUGCUAUGGCGCUCAUACAGAUGCCUAUCCCUGCUGCUACUUGACCGCGGCUUGCGCAAUAGGUGCCGAGAGGAAAGAGAUGGAUUGCUUUCUGGAACGGUUCGAAGCGGCUGUGCAGGAUUAUCGCAGCGGAGCUGGAAGAAAAGACAAGGCCCCUGCCAAGCCUGUGCUCGGAAGCUGA